GCCUCACGCCGUUGUUGCAUUGGAAUCUUGCUAUUUAUACGGAUAUGUCUUCACAACAAACUCCUGCGCCCAUGACCCAUCUGCUGUACUCGUCCAAAUGCGCGUUGGUGAGCUGGAACGCAAAGCCUGCCGGGACCGUGUCAAUCAGCUGCGCCUUGGCCUGGGGAGCACGGAAUUUCGCCAAGCGCAGAUCGAUCAGUUUAUUGAGACAUGGGCUAUGGAGUCCGCGGUAUUUCGCACUCAGCACAAUGAGUUUGAGGACCUGGUAGCGCUAUGGAUGGAAGAUAUCCGCAGUACUGGGUCAUGUGCUUGGUGCAUUGCUGCGGGUAGGCCAGGAGGUUACGAUACCGGCAUAGACGGCUCAGAGCAUGCACGAGCUCAUUUGGAUGGCCGGAUGCCUGCAACGCGGUAAUGCUUCGAUAGACAAUUCGUAAUCGAGUGACGGUAUGCAGGAAGGCGAUUCGAAGCCUUCGCAGCGGCGUAUAGACCUCCAGAAGCAAGACACCAAACCCUCCGAUGGGUUCUCGUGCUUAGUGCUCUUCUGACCUGGUCAAUCGACUCUUCGGUCGUAUAUAACAUUGCGGCAAGUUAGAGCAAUGUAUAAUACAGAUAGAAACAGAAAGCAAACGCUUGUUG